GCAACGGCUCCACCGCAACUACAACCGGUUAGCUGUAGUCGGGACGCUGGAAAGCACCUCGGAGGAGAGGGUAGCAGCUGACGGCGGCCGCCGCCAGAGAGACUCGCGGAGAGUAGCAAUCGAAGACGGCGGCCGCCUCACUAGUCAUCGCGUUUGGAGGACAAACGGCCGACAUGGUCAAAGCGGCGGCCAGUUAAGGGAAAGAGUUAGCGAAGACAGGGGAAGUAUCCGUGAAGACGGCGGCCACCUCUAUAGGGGCUCUAGAAGAGUACGUGAAGACAUCGGCUUCUCCCGCAGUGACUCGAGAAGAGUCAAUGAAGACCUUGGCAGUGUCCCUCUGGAGAGAGUUAGGGGAGAUGGUGGCCGCUGUUACAGCACCUCCUGGGAGACAUUAAGGGGAGACCGCGGCUUCAGCAGCAGCGACGUGAAUUUAAGUGAAGUCGGUAGCCACCAAACUAGUGACUGUGAGGGACCGGUCCGAGAAGACCGCGGCCUCCGCUUCAGUGAUUCUUGGGAGGGGGUCAGAGAAGUCCCCCAAACCAGCGACUCCGGGGAGAGAAGCAGUGACUACCACAGCCGCCGCCUCAGUGACUCUUGGGAGGAAGCGAGUGCCGAUGGCGGCCACAGCCCCAGUAAUUCUUGGGACGGAGUAAGCGAAGAUCGCGGCUACGCGGCCAGCGACUCCUCUGCGGUGAGCGUCAGCAUAGACGCCAGCCGCCGCCUCAGUGGAUUCUGGGAGGGAGAAAGUAUAGACGAGGGUUCCCGCUGCGGGAGCUCCUGGGAGAGAACCAGGGAGGACGGCGGCCCCGGUGCUAGCGACGACGAAGGCGGUAGCCGCUGCAGUGGCUCGUGGGUGACAGCAAGUGAAGAUCACCGUAGCAGUAGGGGCCUGGACUCGAUUCCUCCCCGAAGUCCGCGGGAUCGCACCAUGCCCGGGGUGUCAGAUUCAGGCCCCUCCACUUCCUCUAGGGAGACUGCAACCCCAAGUGCCCAGAAGAAAGUGCAUUCUGGUAACAUACAUGAUGCAGUACGGGCUGGAGAUGUAAAGCAGCUUUCAGAAAUAAUAGAACGUGGAGCCAGCAUUAAUGAAGUUGACAUUCUCCAUAAGUUUUCCCCUUUACAUUGGGCAGCACAUUCUGGAAGUUUGGAGUGUCUUCACUGGCUCCUCUGGCAUGGAGCUGAUAUCACCCAAGUAACCAUGAGAGGUUGGACAGCAGCUCACAUAGCUGCAAUCAGAGGCCAAGAUGCUUGUAUGCAGGCUCUCAUAAUCAAUGGGGCAAAUCUGGCAGCUCAAGAUGAUCGUGGAUGCACUCCUUUACACCUUGCUGCAACACACGGACAUUCUUUCACUUUACAGAUAAUGCUUCGAAGUGGAGCGGAUCCCAGUGUGACUGAUAAGAGAGAAUGGAAACCUGUGCACUAUGCAGCUUUUCAUGGGAGGCUUGGCUGUUUGCAGCUUCUAGUUAAAUGGGGAUGCGGCAUAGAAGAUGUGGACUACAAUGGAAACCUUCCAGUUCACUUAGCAGCCAUGGAAGGCCACCUUCACUGUUUUAAAUUCCUACUCAGUAGAAUGAACAGCACCACACAGGCUCUAAAAGCCUUCAAUGAUAAUGGAGAAAAUGUACUGGAUUUGGCCCAGAGGUUCUUUAAACAGAACAUUUUGCAGUUUAUCCAAGGGGCUGAGUAUGAGCAAAGUGAUUCAAAAGAUCAGGAAACCUUAGCAUUUCCAGGUCAUAUGGCUGCCUUUAAGGGUGAUUUGGAAAUGCUUAAGAAAUUAAUAGAAGAUGGAGUAAUCAAUAUUAAUGAACGUGAUAAUAAUGGAUCAACUCCUAUGCAUAAAGCUGCUGGGCAAGGCCACAUAGAGUGUUUGCAGUGGAUAAUUAAAAUGGGAGCAGACAGUAAUAUUACAAACAAAGCAGGGGAGAAACCCAGCGAUGUGGCUAAGAGGUUUGCCCAUUUAGCGGCUGUAAAGCUAUUAGAGGGGCUACAAAAAUAUGACUUGGAUGAUGAGAAUGAAAUUGAUGAAAAUGAUACAAAGUUUUUCUUAAGACAUGGUGUUGAGGGAAGCACUGAUGCCAAGGAUGAUCUAUGUCUCAGUGAGUUGGAUAAGACAAAUGCCAGAAUGAGAGCUUAUAAGAAAAUUGUUGAAUUGAGACACAUGCUGGAAAUUGCUGAGAGCAACUAUAAACACUUGGGAGGGAUAACAGAAGAAGAUCUAAAGCAGAAGAAAGAACAGCUUGAGUCAGAAAAGACAAUCAAGGAGCUGCAGGGCCAGCUGGAGUAUGAACGGCUACGCAGAGAAAAAUUAGAAGGUCAGCUGGAUGAGUAUCGCGCAGAGGUGGAUCAACUCAGGAAGACACUGGAAAAGAUUCAGGUCUCCAGCUUUGCUGUGGAAGAGGACUCUACUGACUCAAGCAAAGAUAAAAGGCGAGUGAAGAAAAAGGUGUCUUCUGGGGGAGUUUUUGUGAGAAGGUACUCAUCAAUGAAAUAACUUUAAAUAAACUUGUUUUUCAUUUUUAAAUUGACAUAAAACCAGUAUAAGUUCUCUUCAGAGUUACUCUUAUAUAUGCUAUCCCAGUUCUGAGGGCAGAAAUAUAGACUAUCAAAGGGAUUGCUAAAGUUGCAUGCACUUAGCUAUACUCCCUCUCCCAAUAUACUUUUAUAUAUUUAUGUAGGCAAGACUCCACAUUUAUGAGUAAUUAAUUUUGCAAGUAAUCACACAAACUUUAAAAUAUAAGGUGGUACAGUCAGUAAUCAAAAUAAAUGUAGACAUUAAAAAUUAUCAUGAAGCCAAAGAGAAUUUUCUUUAACUUUCUAGAGACUAUCAUUUUUUAACUUUUCAAAUGACUUUUAGAAAGCGUGUGGAUUUAGGAGAAAAUGCAGCAUCAGACAAGUAAAUUUUAGAAAAGGACGUCUUUACAGUAACAACCAAGUAUCUCAGGAAAGUUUUAUGUAAAGUGAAAAUCUGUUCUUGUAAAAGAAAAAAAAGUCAUAGUAUGUGUUUGCUAAGGAUACCUAUUUAAAUAAUCUGUUUUAGAAUUCAACCAUUGCCUUGUCUCGCAAGCUUUAUAAGAAAGCAACACAGAAAUGAGGCAGACUGGACAGGAUAAAAGACACAUGGUUUUAUUAUUCUUUCUUCCUCCUUUCCCCCCUGACAUUGCUGACCAAAAAAGAACCCAGCAUUUCAUUUCAGUUCGGACUUCGUUCCCUCCCUUCCUACCUCUACCUGCUCCCUCCUUGAUGUAGCCAAUCUGGUCGUGGGGCAGUUGUCUAGAUCUUGCCUCCUCCUGAAGAGCUGAUUGUUGGCUUUGGGCUUCCCAGGGAGCAGCUUUCUCACCAUUCACCAGAUGCUCACCCUCUGGGUCCUGGCAUGUGCUUUAUUUACAUGGAUGCUGAAGGCCAUUCUGACACAGUGUCAUCAGGACCAGUUUGCCCUGACAUGGGUGCAUCGGAGUGCUAAGAUCAGGCUGAUCAAGGGUUUGUAAACAGGUGUUAAAAAAUGCGUGAACUAUCCUUUUGAUAACCUUUAUAGUCAUUAGUGUUAGUUUCUCUGUGGUUUCCAAUAGGCCUUCAAUCUAUAAUAAAACAUUUAUUUGGUACUUA